AUGGCUCAAGCUUUAACUACUACAGACUUGCAGGGCGCCUUGCCUCUGAUUGCCCGAGGCAAGGUCCGCGAUCUCUACGAGAUCGACGACAAGACCCUCCUCUUCGUCGCCAGUGAUCGCAUUUCCGCCUACGAUGUGAUCAUGGAGAAUGGUAUUCCCAACAAGGGAGUUCUUCUCACUCUCUGCACACAAACAUGGUUCAAGGCCCUGACUGAAGCCAACCCCGCGCUGCGCACCCACUUCAUUACCCUCGACCUCCCUCCCCAGGUCCCCGAGUCCCUGCGCCCGGUGCUGCAGAACCGCAGCAUGCAAGUGCGCAAGCUGCGCAUCCUCCCCAUCGAGGCGAUCGUCCGCGGAUACAUCACCGGUUCCGCCUGGAACGAAUACAAGAAGUCCGGCACCGUUCACGGCAUCCAGGUCCCCGCCGGUCUGCAGGAAAGCGAGGCCUUCCCUGCCGUCGCUAUCCUCGGUGAGAAGUACGCUGCCAUCGUUGCCGAGAUGGCCGUUGAGCUCUACAAGACUGCUCACGCAUACGCUCUUGAGCGUGGUGUGAUCAUCGCCGAUACCAAGUUCGAAUUCGGAGUGGAUGAGGAGACGGGCGAGGUUGUCCUUGCCGAUGAGGUUCUGACCCCCGACUCCUCUCGCUUCUGGCCUAAGGACACCUACGCUGUUGGCCGUGGUCAAUCUAGCUUUGACAAGCAGUUCCUGCGCGACUGGCUCGUGAGUGAGGGUCUCAAGGGCAAGGAGGGUGUGCGCAUGCCCGAUGACAUUGCUUUGAAGACCGCAGAGAAGUACCAGGAGGCUUGGGAGAAGAUCACCGGUGGCAACUCUAACUAG